AUGCCUGGUAAUUCAUCUGAAGCCACGGGUAUGGUUCAGGGACCUUCUCAUACUCGGAACCUUUACUAUUCUUAUGAUAUGGGUUCGGUUCAUUUCGUUUAUAUUUCGACGGAGACUGAGUUUCUUAAAGGAGGGAAGCAGUAUAGCUUUUUGAAGAGUGAUCUAGAGUCUGUGAAUAGGAGCAAGACACCGUUUGUUGUGUUACAAGGGCAUAGACCGAUGUACACUACGAGUAGGAAGAUCAGAGAUGCUGAGAUAAGGCAGAGGAUGAUAGAGCAUUUGGAACCGUUGUUAGUGAAGAACAAUGUGACGGUUGCUUUAUGGGGACAUGUUCAUAAUUACGAAAGCCUGCAAACUCAAUGUAUNCCCUUAACCAAUCUCCGCUCAAAUUACUCUUUCCGGAUCUUUCAUUGGAUCGAAUCCGAGAUCAACCCGAAACACCUAGACCAUGAUCACAACCCGUUACCCGGAACCCGCCAUAUUUUAACCGAAUCAAACCAGUUAAAUUUCCGGUUUGCCGCUAACCGGCCGGAGCAGAUUCAUUUGGGUUACACAGAUAAUACCAACGAGAUGAGAGUGAUGUUUGUAACCGGAGAUGGAGAGGUACGAGAAGCUCGAUACGGUGAGGUUAAGGAGAAGCUAGAUAACAUCGCGGUGGCGCGUGGAGUUAGGUACGAGAGGGAACAUAUGUGUCACGCGCCGGCGAAUACGACAAUCGGAUGGAGAGAUCCAGGUUGGACCUUUGACGCUGUGAUGAAGGAUCUGAAACAAGGGAUUAACUACUUUUAUCAGGUUGGGAGUGAUUUGAAAGGAUGGAGUGAAGUCCAUAGCUUUGUUUCAAGAAACGAGAGCUCAGAAGAAACGUUAGCUUUCAUGUUUGGAGAUAUGGGUUGUUCUACACCUUACAGAACAUUCAUACGUGGUGAAGAUGAGAGUUUAUCAACUGUGAAGUGGAUUCUAAGAGACAUUGAAGCUUUAGGUGAGGAUAAGGCAGCGGUUGUAUCUCACAUUGGAGAUAUAAGUUAUGCGAAAGGUUACUCGUGGAUUUGGGAUGAGUUCUUUGCUCAGAUUGAGCCAAUUGCAUCUAGAGUACCAUACCAUGUGUGUAUUGGUAACCAUGAGUAUGAUUGGCCUAACCAGCCUUGGAAACCAGAUUGGUCAGCUUAUAUUUAUGGUAAAGAUAGUGGUGGUGAAUGUGGUGUACCGUAUAGUGUUAAGUUCAACAUGCCUGGUAAUUCAUCUGAAGCCACGGGUAUGGUUCAGGGACCUUCUCAUACUCGGAACCUUUACUAUUCUUAUGAUAUGGGUUCGGUUCAUUUCGUUUAUAUUUCGACGGAGACUGAGUUUCUUAAAGGAGGGAAGCAGUAUAGCUUUUUGAAGAGUGAUCUAGAGUCUGUGAAUAGGAGCAAGACACCGUUUGUUGUGUUACAAGGGCAUAGACCGAUGUACACUACGAGUAGGAAGAUCAGAGAUGCUGAGAUAAGGCAGAGGAUGAUAGAGCAUUUGGAACCGUUGUUAGUGAAGAACAAUGUGACGGUUGCUUUAUGGGGACAUGUUCAUAAUUACGAAAGGUUUUGUCCGAUUAGUAACAACACUUGUGGUGAACGUUGGCAAGGAAGCCCUGUUCAUCUUGUGAUUGGUAUGGCUGGUAAAGAUACGCAACCUACAUGGGAACCGAGACCUAAUCACCAGGAUGUCCCGAUAUUUCCUCAGCCUGCAAACUCAAUGUAUCGUGGAGGCGAGUUUGGGUACACUCGUUUGGUUGCUAAUAAGGAAAGACUCACUCUUUCCUACGUGGGAAACCAUGACGGAGAAGUUCAUGAUGUGGUUGAGAUUUUGGCUUCUGGGGAAGUCAUUAGCGGUAGUGAUGAUGAUGGUAGAGAUGAAAAAUUUGGAUCUGAAUCUGAUAUUGCAGUCUUGUGGUACAUUGAAGGAGCAAGUGUGAUGGUUUUGGGAGGGAUUUUGGGGUAUUUUGUUGGUUUCUUUAGUCGUAAAAAGAAAGAAUCNUUUUAUCAGGUUGGGAGUGAUUUGAAAGGAUGGAGUGAAGUCCAUAGCUUUGUUUCAAGAAACGAGAGCUCAGACNCUAAUGGUAGUUGGAUCCAAAUGAAAACCGAGGAGACGUGA